AUGUUGUCGGCCUUCACGGCCAGCCCUCUUGUCAAGCUCAAGCAGCGUGACAAGUCGAGGAUCGAGUCCUUCCUAGCAUACGGUGAUCGAUUACUUGUGGGACUAAAUACGGGCACUCUGCGAAUAUACCGUAUCAAUGAAUCAGAAAACGCGCAAAAUGAAAACGAGGGUGCCAAUACAAAUGGGGAGGGAGGGCUAGGAACCAGCGGCAGAAGCUACAGCGGCAAGCGGGACAGGGCAACUUCGGAGAGCGUGGACGUAUCGAAAGUAAAACCUACAGAUCUGCUUCGAGAGCAGGAGAAGUUUUCACGACAUAAAAUAGAGCAGUUGGCUAUUAUUAAAGAGGCGGGGAUUCUAAUAUCAUUAUCGAAUGGAUGCGUUUCUAUCCAUGACCUCCAGACCUAUGAGUUGCAACAACAGUUGACGAGAACAAAGGGGGCAACUGCAUUUGCUGUUGCCUCUAACAUCAUCAAGGACCCCAGCACAGGUGUGCCAUCGAUAGUUUCCAGGCUUGCCGUGGCGGUUAAGAGAAAGCUGAUGCUAUGGAUGUGGCUGGAUAUGGAACUUGAGGAUGAUACGACAGAAAUCACCUUGGCAAGUGGAAUUAAGACUUUAACGUGGGCAAACGGCACAAAACUCGUUGCGGGGCUUAGUUCGAGCUAUGUAAUGGUCGAUGUGGAAUCUUUGAAAGUAACUGAUAUCUUAGGGCCCGGAAGUAUUGGCGGACCUGGAGGACAAGAGACGGGCCGACUCGGGGUGGGAGUUGCGAGCAUGAGCUACAUUGGCAUGGGGGGUGCUGCACCAAAGCCCUUAGCGACGAGACUGAGUGAUGGAGAAAUCCUGUUGGCGAAGGACGUCAAUACACACUUUAUCGAUACUGACGGUAACUCGCUGGGCAGAAGGCAAAUUCCAUGGACUACGGCCCCGGAAGCUGUGGGUUACUCCUAUCCAUAUCUUUUAGCAUUGCAAGAGCCUUCAAAGGGAACACUGGAGGUCCGAAACCCAGAAACACUAUCCCUACUUCAAUCAAUUUCCCUACCGUCAGCAAGCAUGCUACAUAUACCACAGCCCACAAUAAGCCUAGCACAUGCGGGAAAAGGAUUUCUGGUUGGUAGUGAACGCAUCAUCUGGAGAAUGGGAGCAUUGGACUACGACUCGCAAAUAGAUUCACUUAUCGAGCAAGGGUGUCUGGAUGAAGCGAUCAGUCUAAUCAGCAUGCUAGAGGACGCGCUAUUGAGGGAUAAACAGGGCAGGCUUCGGCAAGCGAAGCUGCAGAAGGCAGAGGCUUUAUUUGAUGAAAAAAAAUACCGCGAUUCGCUAGAUCUAUUUACAGAGGCAUGCGCUCCUCCGGAGCUGGUCAUUCGAAAAUAUCCUAGACUUAUUGCUGGGUCACUCUCCAAGUUAGACGAGGAUAAAAGUGACGGAGAAGAGACUGACGCCGAGGAGCAAACGCCUCAGAAUACCAAUGGCACUACGAUUAAUGGCGUGGAGGCUGCAGCAGAAAAUUCACCAAAGAUCAAAACUCCUGCAGGAUACGCUCCGUCAGUGAGAUCAAUUUUGAAAGGGAAAUCCGAUGACGCAAGUGAAACGGGUAGUAUUCGAGGAAAGACUGUAGGAGUAAAAUUUGCGGACAAGCCGUUGCAGGGCAGGGACUUGAAAUCUGCUGCACGCGCUCUCCAGGGAUUUCUGGCAGACAUACGUCGAAGACUUCAACGAUUCCUCAACCCUGAUGGAACCAUCACGACCUUGGCUAUGGAGCUCAACAAUGAGACCGAUGACUUCGCCCGGUCAGUUAGGAACGUACUCGGCCUGUCUCCAUACGAUAAUCCAGAUGAGAUUGCAGUGAAGCUCCGUGAGACGGCCACCCUCGUUGAUACAACUCUAUUCCGUGCCCACAUGUUUGCAACGCCGUCACUGGCCGGUUCCCUCUUCCGCAUCGCCAAUUUCUGCGACCCGGACGUUGUGAUGGAAAAACUCGAAGAAACAGGUCGCUACAAUGAUUUAAUUGACUUCUUAUUUGGCAAAAAGCUACACAGAGCCGCGCUCGAACGACUUCGCAAGUUCGGCCAAGCCGAGAAGGACGAAAAAUUCGCAGCCGCACCUCAGCUCUGUGGCCCCGAACGGACCGUCGCAUAUCUACAAAAUCUCCCGCCGGAAAUGAUUGAUUUGAUCCUCGAGUUUGCUGAGUGGCCUAUGCAGGUCCAGCCACAGCUGGGUAUGGAGAUUUUCUUGGCAGAUACGGAAAAUGCUGAAUCGCUCCAACGGGAUAAGGUUCUGGAGUUUCUGCGAGGCAUUGAUUCGAACCUUGCUAUCCAGUAUCUGGAGCAUAUCAUUGGGGAGUUAAAUGAGAUGUCUCCGGACAUGCAUCAGUGGUUGCUCUCAUUAUAUCUUGAGAGACUCAAGCAAUGGAAAGGGGGUGAUAUUAGUGUUCAGCAGGAGUUUGAAAGUGAGGAUGAGUGGAGGAAGGGUAUGGAAAAGUUCCAGGACAUGUUGAAGAGCAGUGAACAGUAUUCGCCGGCUAGAAUGCUCGACCGGUUACCUAGGAAUGAUCCCGAUUUUUUCGAAGCUCGAGCUAUUAUCUUCAGCAAAAUGGGCCAACACAGGCAAGCUUUAGAAAUUUACGUAUUCAAAUUGGAGGAUCCAGAGAAAGCUGAAGAAUACUGCAACCACAUUCACCGAAGUGAAGAAACUCGAUCUACAAAAACGGACACGGCACAGCGUGUGGCCCCCACAGACCUCGAAGGUGGCCAGCUAUCUAUCUACCAUACCCUCCUUUCUCUUUACCUAUCCCCGCCGCACAACUACAAACCCCAAUAUGGCCCAGCUGUGGAGAUCCUCGCAAAGCACGGCUCUCGGCUCCCCGCUAGCUCCACCCUCGAUCUGAUUCCAGAAAAACUCCCGGUCCACGAGCUAGAAUUCUACUUUCGUGGCCGCAUGCGCGCUGCCAACUCGAUCGCGAAUGAAGGCCGGAUUGUCGCCGCACUGCGCAAAGUGCAAAAUGCCCAUGUCCAGGCUGACCUGCAUCUCGGGCAAGAGACUUUGGCGGGGGAUAAUAAAGGCCGCAAUCGGUUCGUAACUAUCAGUGAGGAGAGGGUCUGCGGCGUUUGCCAUAAACGGUUGGGUGGAAGUGUUAUUAGUGUGUUUCCAAACAAUACGGUCGUUCAUCUUGGUUGUGCUGGUAAAUGGAGUACCGCUGGCGGAUGA